AUCGCCGAGGUGACGCCGAGGUGAAUCUUUUAAUGAUUCACAGAGGAUUAUAAAUUUGCCGGCGACCAAAAACUCCGUCGGGAGGGAUUGAUGGUGUCUUCUCGGGAAAGAAGUAGUCUAACGGACCGAGCCGAGGGGACGAGUUUGAAUGCGCUCGGCUGAAUCAUGCUGAGAUUGUGGAUCAUAACUUUGGCGAUCACUUUGAACAGAGUAUGGUGUGUGCGGUUCUCCCAGGAGCCUGCGGACCAGUCGGUGGUACUGGGGGAGCGGGUGGUGCUUUCCUGCGUCGUCUUCAACUACACCGGUAUCGUUCAAUGGACCAAAGAUGGCCUGGCCCUGGGUAUCGGAGAGGGCCUCAGAGCCUGGCCGAGGUACCGGAUACUGCACGUCCUGGACAUUGGUCAGUAUAACCUUGAGAUUUCCAAUGCCGAGCUGUCUGAUGACUCCUUGUACGAGUGCCAAGCCACUGAAGCCGCCCUGCGCUCAAGGAGGGCGAAACUCAACGUGCUCAUCCCGCCGGAGGACCCGAUAAUCGAUGGCACCCCAGAGCUACUUCUGAUGGCAGGGACGCCAUACAACCUGACCUGUGUGACCCGUGGUGCAAAACCCGCCGCACACAUUCAGUGGACCAAAGACGGAGUUGGUCUGGAGGGGGCCCAUCAGUCCACGGAAGUGUUACCAGACAGGAAGAGGGUGACCACCAGGAGCUACCUACCCAUCACACCUGUCGACACAGACACCGGACGCAACUUCAGUUGCGUGGCCAGCAACCCAGCCGUGCCCCUGGGCAAACGAGCCACUCUCACCCUCAAUGUUCACCAUCCUCCUACAGUGACCCUGUCCAUCGAGCCGCGCUCCGUCCUGGAGGGGGAGAGAGUCACCUUUACCUGCCAGGCCACUGCCAACCCUCCCAUCAUGGGAUACAGGUGGGCUAAAGGGGGCGUGCUGCUAGAGGGGGCCAGGGAGAGUGUGUUUGUGACCACGGCAGACCACUCCUUCUUCACAGAGCCUGUCUCCUGUCAGGUGUUUAAUGCAGUGGGAAGCACCAAUGUCAGCAUCCUGGUGGAUGUACACUUUGGUCCUAUUCUGGUAGUGGAGCCCAGGCCGGUGACAGUAGAUGUGGACUCUGAUGUUACUCUGAACUGCAAGUGGUCCGGUAACCCUCCCCUCACUCUUACCUGGACCAAGAAGGGCUCCAGCAUGGUACUGAGUAACAACAACCAGCUUUAUCUGAAGUCAGUGAGCCAGGCAGAUGCAGGCCAGUAUGUCUGCAAGGCCAUCGUCCCCAGGAUCGGCGUGGGAGAAACCGAAGUCACGCUCACCGUCAACGGGCCGCCCAUCAUUUCCAGUGAUCCGGUCCAGUAUGCAGUCAGGGGCAAGAGAGGGGAGAUCAAGUGUUACAUCGCCAGCACUCCUCCACCUGAUAAGAUUGUCUGGGCAUGGAAGGAGAAUGUGUGGGAGAAGGAGAAGGGGACGCUGAUGGAGAGGUACACGGUGGAGCAGAGUAAACCUCCAUCCCAGGGCGGCGCCGUCCUCUCCACCCUCACCAUCAACAACGUCAUGGAGUCGGACUUCCACUCGCCCUACAACUGCACCGCCUGGAACUCCUUUGGACCUGGCACCAUGAUCAUAACCCUGGAGGAGACGGAGAUUAUUCCUGUGGGAAUUAUAGCCGGUGGCACAGUGGGAUCCUCAGUUCUCCUCCUUAUGUUGCUGCUGACACUGGCCUUCUUCCUCUAUCGCCAACGCAAAGGCAGUCGCCGAGGGGUCACACUGGGUAAACCAGACAUCAAGGUGGAGACGGUCAACAAGGAGACCCACAGCCUGGAGGAAGAGGCGGCCAACAUCUCCACGGCAACCCGUAUGGUCAAGGCCAUGUACUCCCCAUUCAAAGAUGACAUGGACCUGAAACAGGAAGUGAGGAGCGACACCAUGGAGACCCGAGAAGAGUACGAACUCAAGGAUCCAACUAACGGGUACUACAACGUCAGGGCCACCACCCAUGACGAGGCACGUCCCCAGUCCCGUGCAAUCCACUACCAAGGAGAGUUUCGCUCCCAGAAUCCAAGCAGUGGGCAACCCGGUGCCACCUCCAGCGGACCAACGGGUGCAGCCAGUGGUGCUGUACCCCCCAGCGGAGUGCCAGGGUCCCGGGCAGGCUGCUACGACCCACGCCCCCCUUCCAGGAUGUCCCAUUCCAGCUAUGCCCAGUUCAACACCUUCACCCGGGCAGCACAGAGCCAGCAAGGCCCACCCAAUCCCACGCUUCAGUCCCCUGGAGAUUACCCAGGAGACUGCGGCCUAUUAGACAACACGACUCAACUUUCCUAUGACAACUACGGAUACCCCUCCCAGUACCCAAGCUACCGUAUGGGAUUUGCCCCGCCUAUUGAGGAAGGGCCGGCUUAUGAGAUGUAUCCCACGGGACAAGGAGUGGGACAAGCGGCAGGGCAAGGGCCAGGCCCUGGGCAAAGCCCUGAAACAGGGCUCGGAAAAUAUGGAAGCUCUACUCGCUUCUCCUAUUCAUCUCCACCUUCUGACUAUUCUCACAGACACACGCAGAGAAUGCAGACUCAUGUGUGAAGUACGCACUUGCGCAACC